AUGGACGUCACCAACCACCCGGCCGCUAUGUGCCAUCGUUUACCUUCCUCCAUCUCGGAUGUGCAGGGAGCUCUGCUCGAACCCCUUGCUGUCUGUCUGCAUGCGAUUAAUCGCUCCAACCCACCAACGGCAGCAGACGUAGCACUUGCUAAGUCCGUCGCGGCUGCGAAUGGUGGCGCCGCCCCAGACAGCGAAACUGCAGUGCUGAUAUUCGGAGCCGGUGCCAUUGGCUUGCUUCUCGCAUCAGCUCUGGCUAUCACGCAGCAUUUUACGACUAUCGUUCUGGCAGAUAUCAACCAGGCAAGACUGGACAUUGCUUCCUCGCUCGCGUUUGGCUGCAUCAAGACAUGCGUUCUUGAUCCUCCCGGUUCCACUGCUACGUCUGCACAGGAAGAAGACCAGGCUGCAAAGGACCUGGCGGCUACUCUACUACGGAGGUUUGGCUUUGGCCAUGGCUUCUCCCGCGUGUUCGAGUGUACGGGUGCACCGGGUUGUGUACGAGCCGGCAUCUAUGCUUCCUCGGCUGGUGGCGUGGUGGUACAAAUCGGAAUGGGUGGCCCCAGCCUUCCAUCCAUUCCAAUGUCUGCCUCGGCUCUGAGAGAGGUUGAUCUGAUAGGUGUCUUCCGGUAUAAUGGACGUUGCUACCCAGCUGCCAUUCAGCUGGCUUCCUCCCCUGUUUUUGGCCAGGUAGCGGACAAAGUCGCUACGCAUACGGUCGAGCUGGGUGAGGAUGACGGACAGAAGGCAUUUAGACUUGCUGCCUCCGACAGAGAUGAUGAUGGUAAAGCAGUGGUGAAGGUUGUUGUUAUCAGCGGGGGAGGGAGUAGCUUCUCGAGUUAA